AUGUCCCUCUUUCUGACUCUUCUCUGCUUCCGCUUCCCGCUUCCCACUUCCCCCAUCACCCACCUCCUCGUCGUUCCAAAGCCCGGCAUGGCUGACUUCAACUCAUCUGACAUCGAGUUCGACGAACCUGAGCCUCGCUUCCCCAACCUGGCCAGGAACGCCAUCGCCAAAAUCGUCGAGGAUGCCGCCUCAGCACGCAUCUCAUCCAAGAAGACGGUCAAGAACCUACAGCUGACCACCUCCCCCGGCGUCGACUACGCCCGAGCUGGCUGGGAGAACAAGUUCGAGGCUUUCUGCAUCAACACCCUGCGUCACAAGCCUGGACAGGCACCCGAUCCCGAGGCGAUCCUCCGCUUCUUCUCUGCGCUCCCAGACUACGUCCACAACCGCCGCCGCAAUGAGGACACCACGGCAGUCACCAUCGGCCACUUUGAGCAGGGCCUCCGGCAUAUCCUGAACCUGCUCUGCUUCAAGCAUACCGACUUCAGCAAGACUUUGGGAAAGAGCUUUGCUCUGCGAGCCCGACUACCACACCGUGGCUACAAGGACAUCCUAGAAGCCACGUCCCUCUUCAAUCAGCUAGUCAACGACGGGAAGAUAUCCAAGUCUCCAACUCGCGAGAAGCAGAGGAUUGGCGUUCACACGAUGCUGGAGAUGAACGUCGGCUUACUGCGGCAGGGUCUGAAGGAUUCGUACUCGUGGGACGUCACCAUCCAGAGGCUCGCCACGCUGGCAUGUCAGACAGCCUUCGCCAGCCGGGCCGGUGAUUUCAUGAAGUCCCCCCACUGGGACGGCCAGCACACUAUGAAGUGGAAGCACCUCGAGUUCAAGCUUAUCAAGGACGAUCUCCUGGGCGAGGUACUCGAGGGGGUCUUCACCCUGACCAAUUGCAAGGGCGACAAGGACGACGAGUAUCACAACGAGACUGUCAGAGUCUCCAGCACCAAGGCCGAGCACAGCCUCCUGUGUCCCCUGCGUCUUCUCGUCAGCCUGGCGAUCCGGACUCGGCAGGUAGUUCCCACGACUGCUUCUGACCUCUUCCAGCAGCUACGGACUUCCCAGAGCGGACGCAUCGUCUGGUCUAGCCCGGAAGCCCCCAUCUUCGUCCAGAUCGGCAGAAGGAGUUCGAGCCUCGUGCCUGACACCACGGCGCCGGCUGCACAGGUCUUGGACACCUUGCGGAAGGCUGCAGAUAUCGCGGGGUUCACCUGCUUGCCGGUGACCCACGACAUCCGCAGGGGAAGUGCCAAGGAGAUCUCCAAACUCACGGGCGCCGAAGUGCCGAACUUGCAGCUUGCGGGUCAGGCCAUCUUCCACAAGGCCAGGUCCACAAACCUCGGAACCACCAAGGAAUACACUGGAGGCCUCGACUACGACCACCACAACGCCCGUUUGGAGCAAGCACUAGCCACGUACAAGUUUGGAGCGCCCAAACGUGCGCCCGCGUCCUACAAACCUGUCGGUCGGCUGCCACAGGAGCAAAUCACCCAGCUCUGUGAGCAAUACCUGCUGGAUCCGGCGAAGCAGCAAGACCGGGCCAAGGCAGCAGAGUGGUUCAAGAAGGACCAUAGAAAGAAGUGGGGUGAGGAACAGGAGGCCAAGCUGGACCAGCCCAUUGAUUUGGAAGAAGAAGCUGAUGCCGAUGCUGUUGAAACCCUCCCGGAACUCCCCGAUGUCCUCACCAAUUCGGGCGACGUCCAAGCCUCCAUCGACUACUUCGCCAGCCUCGUCGACCGGAAGCGUCGUCGCAGGGCCAAUACUGUGGCUGGUCCCCUCAAGAAGCCCCGCAGUGCCGGGAAUGGGGAAGACUCGCUGGGUAGUCGCAAGAAAUGUCCCGAGUCCAGUUGCGCGUUUCAAAAGGGGGACUUCAUUUCGAAGAAAAGGCUCAGGGAUCAUCUGCAGAAAAUGCACGGCAAAUCCGAGGAGGACGCUGCGAGAAUUGUCCUGGCCCUGACGGACCCGUCGUUCGUCGUGGAUGGGGCAGAGGAAGACAGUGACGAUGACGACGAGGUCACCCUUCCUGUGAGAAGCAAGCCUGCCCCCCGGAAUCAAAAGGCCAGUGCCUCGAAGACCAUAAGCACGGCAAAGAGUAAGACCACCACCUCCCUCGCUGUGGAUGUCGACUUGGACGUCGUCCAAAACCCCGGCCCCGUGGAAGCCCCCAGCCAGAGAGCCAGUCGCAGGGCAAAAAGCAAUGCCAUCACCGCCCUGGAAGUGAAUACGGAUAUCCACGGGGUUGAGGCCGCUGCCAACGUGAACCCCUUCAUCGAAGAAUUGGACGACGAUGACUGGUCUCCUUACGAUUGA